AUACGAGAGUUUCCACCAAACCCAAACAGUUAACCACUGGUACCACACCAGAGAGACCGACUAACUUUUUAUUUUAUCUCUAUGUCUCGAGUCUCAACAGUCCGCAUUCAACAACGAUCGGAUCUGAUAUUCUGAUCAUUCCCGCGAGUAUCAGAACUGAAAAUACAUAAUCAAAUGCAAAAUUCGUUACAGGUGUUCUCAUCGAACCUACUUCGCUAUCGUGCGCCUUUGUACAGAACUCUGAUUCAGAUGCACGCAUUGGUGUUUGAUUGAAAUGGGGCUUAUCUCGCUUGAUCUUGGGGCCGUGCGUUGAAAUGCAGCCUGGUUCGUCUGCAUUCCGUAGCUCUGAGGAAAACUCUUCCGUAUUUGAUGGACGUUUAAUUGGGGGCUUUGAGAGCCCUAGUUUCUUUUUCUUCCUUCCUUUCCUUUUUGUUCAAGGAGGAGGAAUGGAUUUAUCUAAAGUUGGAGAGAAGAUACUCAGUUCAGUCCGAUCCGCCAGAUCUCUGGGACUUCUCCCCUCUACUUCUGAUCGACCAGAGGUUCCUGCUCGGGCAGCAGCUGCAGCUGCUGUUGCUCGAGCUCUUGCUGGACUUCCUCCUCAUCAAAGACAUAACCUACCAUCAAGUUCUGAAGAAUUGGUUUCAAUAUAUGGAAGCAGAUCACCUAGUCAAAUAAUUGAAGAACUAGAGGAGGACUUCUAUAAAGAGGAUUUUGAUCCAGUUAGACAUGUUCUGGAGAAUAUACCAUCUGAAGAGAAUGAUCUUACCUAUUUUGAGGAAAAGGCCACUCUAAGAUUAGCACAACUGGAUAGGAUAGCAGAGAGAUUAUCACGCCAUGUUAUGGAGCACCAUGAAGAAAUGGUGAAGGGGAUGCAUCUGGUGAGGGAAUUGGAACAAGAUUUGAAGGUUGCAAAUGUUAUUUGCAUGAAUGGGAGAAGGCACCUGAUCUCUUCGAUGCAUGAGGUAUCAAGGGAUCUUAUUGUUACUUCAAAAUCCAGAAAGAAACAAGCACUUCUGGAUUUGGUUCCAAUUCUAACAGAACUUCGUCAUGCAAUGGACAUGCAAGUGGCACUUGAAACCCAUGUUGAGGAAGGAAACUACUGUAAAGCAUUUCAAGUUCUGUCAGAGUAUUUGCAGCUCUUGGAUAGUUUUUCCGAGCUUUCAGCCAUACAAGAGAUGAGCCGUGGUGUAGAGGCUUGGCUGGCAAAGACGCUUCAAAAGCUAGAUUCACUAUUGCUAGGAGUUUGCCAAGAGUUCAAAGAAGAGAGCUAUAUAACUGUAGUUGAUUCUUAUGCAUUGAUUGGGGAUGUAUCUGGACUUGCGGAAAAAAUACAGAGCUUUUUUAUGCAAGAAGUUCUCUCAGAAACACAUUCUGUUUUAAAGAAUAUUUUGUAUGAGGAUCGGAUAUGGCGUAGCAUUCAGAAGAUUAGGGUUACAUACAGUGAUCUCUGCCUUCAGAUACCUGAAUCCAAGUUUAGACAAUGUUUAUUAAGCACAUUGAGUGUGCUAUUUAAGUUGAUGUCUUCAUAUUAUGCGAUUAUGAGCUUUCAGCCUGAUAAAAAUGAAUCAGAACAUCAGCCCUUGAAUAAGCAGAAGCAAAGUGACACUUCUGGAUUUUCAGAUGUUUCAAUAGCAAGAACUUCAAGUAAUUCCCAAGAAGUUGAUGUUUCUCUAUCUGAAUCCAUGGACAGAAUGCUGGUUUCAUCCUCGGAGGUAGAAUCUAGAAGUACUUCGUCUGUGAAUGAAUUGACUGGGACCACUGGGUUCACAUCCUCAGGUACUCAAGAACUAAUUUAUGAGGCAAGAGAUGGUGGCAGUACAACAUCGAGCAGUGGUUCCCCAUGGGAUCAGCUGAGGGAAGAUUCUAUUGCAUUUGUUGCGCAGACAUUACAGAGAGGGCGAAAGAACCUUUGGCAACUUACAACAAGCCGUGUAUCAGUAUUGCUUUCUUCACCUUCUGUUUGCUCAAUAAGUGUGCACCAAUUCUUAAGGAAUUAUGAGGAUUUAAAUGUCUUCAUCUUAGCGGGAGAAGCUCUUUGUGGAGUUGAAGCACUAGAGUUCAGGCAGAAAUUGAAGAUUGUUUGUGAAAAUUAUUUUGCAGCCUUUCAUCGGCAAAAUAUAUAUGCACUGAAGAUGGUUUUGGAGAAGGAGACUUGGCAGAAAAUGUCACCGGAUGCAGUACAAUUUAUUAGUUUAGCUGGGCUUGUGGGUGAUGGAGCACCUUUAAUUGUUCCAUCUGAUGGUCACUCUGCUAAGAUUCGGGUGCUUCAUCCCAAGAAAUCUCCUGACCACAUUGAAAGUGGUAACCAGGAAAAUGGAUUUGCUCAUUGGCUUAAAGCUGGAAACCCUUUUCUGUUGAAGUUGAGCAAUAGUUCCAAAGAAUGCUUGAAUUCUCCCUCACUGUCUAAUGGCACAAUGUCAUCUGAUGAAAAACUUAUGGAUAUUUUACACAAUUCUCCAAGAAUUGGCAAUUCUCCAAGAAUUGGUGAUGAACAUGAUAUGCAUCGCGAUAGUCUUUCUGAAGAUGAAAAUGAAGAUCUUCUUGCAGAUUUUAUCGAUGAGGACAGUCAGCUCCCAAGUAGGAUUUCUAAACCUAAAUUUUCAAAAGGUCACUCUUCACAUUGGAAUGAUGAAGAUAUUGCAACACAAACAGGAUCCUCACUUUGUCUUCUAAGGUUGAUGGACAGAUAUGCAAGGCUAAUGCAGAAAUUGGAAAUAGCUAACCUUGAGUUUUUUAAGGGGAUAUGCCAAUUGUUUGAAGUUUAUUUCCAUUUUAUAUUUGAAACAUUUGGUCAUCGAGACACAUAUCCUAGUGGAAAGGGCACGACAGACUCUCCAUCUCAUCGGCUGAAGAUGGCGAUAGCUAGAAUAACACUAGACUGUGAUCAAUGGAUAAAACCCCACAUGGUUUCAUUUUCUUCCGCUUCAUCAGCAUCUUCAAACACAACUUUCUUGCAACUUGAUGUAACACCUACUAGUCCUCCCAGCCAUGUGCCAAAUACUUCAUUUGGACUGAAGGAAAGAUGUGCAGGUGCUGAGUCAAUAGUUCUUGUUGCUAGGAUAUUGCAUCAGUCUAAGGCUCAUCUUCAGUCUAUGCUCUUGCAAAAUAAUACAGCUAUUGUUGAAGACUUCUAUGCAAGUUUGGUGGAUUCUGUGCCAGAUCUCUCAGAGCACAUUCAUAGGACAACUGCAAGAUUGCUUCUUCAUAUCAAUGGGUAUGUGGAUCGAAUUGCUAAUGCUAAAUGGGAGUUAAAAGAGCUUGGACUGGAGCACAACGGGUAUGUUGAUCUGUUGUUGGGAGAAUUUAAGCAUUAUAAAACAAGGCUUGCUCAUGGAGGAAUUAGGAAGGAGGUUCAGGAUCUCCUCCUAGAACAUGGACUGGAAAAUGUUGCUGAAACACUCAUUGAAGGUUUAUCACGAGUGAAGAGAUGCACUGACGAAGGCCGAGCUAUAAUGUCAUUAGACCUUCAGGUCUUAAUCAAUGGUCUACAACAUUUUGUCUCCAUUAAUGUGAAGCCAAAGUUGCAAAUUGUUGAAACUUUUAUCAAGGCAUACUACCUUCCAGAGACUGAGUUUGUACACUGGGCACGUGCUCAUCCGGAAUACAGUAAAAAUCAGAUUGCAGGUCUGGUAAACCUCGUUGCCACAAUGAAAAGUUGGAAAAGAAAGACAAGAUUGGAGGUACUAGAAAAGAUUGAAUCAGGUUGAUCAAAGAAAAGAUUGAAUCAGGCAAUGUGUAACCUCUGUUGCUGUGCGUGGUCGUGGCAUACAAGUUUAUGGCAUUUUCCUUCUUCGCUUUCUCUGUUUCAUGUGGCUGAUGUAAAUUUAUUAGUUUGUUGAAUCUUUUAUUUAUAUAGGAUGAACAUUUGAGGUUGUAUAUUUCCAGUACUUCACAGUUUGUAUUAUAAAUCUCUUUCCUCGAAGGGAGAGAGAUCGGCUGUAAAUUUUGGAACAAAUCAUACGUCCAAGAAUAAGAUUAUUCAUUAUUGUGUUACUAGGAGGAAUUUCACUCAUGUUCCCCGGUCGGAAGAUGAGCUAACUCAGCCUUGUAUCUGGACUCAUAUUAUGUAAACUUCUUAGUAAAUUUUAAAUAACAGGUCAUAAUUCUGUGCA